CUAAUGGCUCUCGAUUGUAGAGGGCGCAAUACAACAUCAAUGGAGCAUGAGAUUUUGUUCUACAGCUUUUAAGUUAAAUCCAUCUUGUUUACAGAUAAAAAGAAGUGCAAGGGGCUAAUUUUGGCGACCCCUCCCCCAUCUUUCAAGCCUCACCGCAACAUCCCACCAGUGAAUCGCCAGAGCGCGCGCGGGCGGCAGUGAACCGAAACCACCAAGCGCAUGGGGCCCAAAUCAACCCAAGCGCAAGCGGCAGUAAGCAGCCAGCGCGCGCGCAGCCGCCCACGCACGCAGCAGCAGCAGCCACCCGAUCGACCGGAUUCAAAACUCGAAACGGGAAGAGUCGAGACGAGAGAGAGAGAGAGAGAGAGAGAGGGAGAGCCAUUCGGCGCGGCGCCCGCAGGGAAUCCCGAUGCGGGGGGAGGAGAGAUGGCAGGAGCAGCCAGCCCUCGCCUCCCACCCGUCGCGUGCCACCUUGCGCCCGCGCGGUUGGCCGCGCCUCGGCCUCGCCCCGACGGGCGUUGGCUCCUCCUGCCCACCUGCACCCGCCUCAGAGCUCGCACGCCACUUGGCGCGCCGCGCCCCCGUCUCCGCGUCUCCGCCCGUCCUCCCUCCUAUAAAAGACCAGGGAGCGCGGCCCCCAACCCUAGCCGCCUCCGCCGCCGCAGCGUCCUCGCCUCCUCCUCCUCCUCCUCCUCCAAUUCCUCCUCUUCCUCCCUCCACCUCGACCUCCGCCGCCCGUCCCACCGACAUGGCCGGGGUCACCAGCAAGCGCCGAUCCUCCUCCGCCUCCACCUCCUCCUCCUCCGGCGACGGCGCCGCCGUCUCCGACCGGCCGCGGGGGGUGACCCGGAAGCGCAGGUCCGGCGGCCGUUGCCCCCGCCCCGCCGCCUCCCUGAGGCCGGCCGCGCCCCGACCCUCCUCUGUAAACAUGUUGGAUUUGAAUAGAGCUAUCCUUGAUUCAGAUCACCACACUGCUGGAUUGAGAGUAAUUCUGCAAAAGGAACUACGGUACAGCGACGUAAGCCAGCUAGGGAGAAUUGUUCUCCCGAAGAAAGAGGCAGAGGCUUACCUACCAAUUCUGACAUCAAAGGAUGGCAAGAAAAGUUUAUGUAUGCAUGAUUUGCAAAAUGCACAACUCUGGACCUUCAAGUACAGUAAGUUGCACAUGUAUAGUGUCACAAUGAAUCAUCUCCUAUACAGGUAUUGGCCCAACAACAAGAGCAGGAUGUAUGUACUUGAGAAUACCGGGGAUUAUGUCAGAACCCAUGAUCUUCAACUAGGAGACUCCAUUGUGAUAUACAAAGAUGAUGAGAAUAACCGAUUUGUCAUCGGAGCAAAGAAGGCAGGUGAUCAACAAGCUGCCACUGUGCCACAAGUUGACGAGCAUAUCUCUACCCUCUUCCCCAUUUUUCCAAUUGCACAAGUCGAUGACUAUCUCUCUCCCAUGGCACCACAAGUUGAUAUCUCUGCCUUCGUGCCACAUGCUGAUGAGAACCAUGAGAUAUUUGACGGGAUACUGAAUUCUCUGCCAGAGAUACCAGUAGCCAAUGUGAGGUAUUCUGACUUCUUCGACCCAUUCGAUGAUGGUAUGGACAUGGCAAACACUCUGAACGCCAACGCCAACCAGUCUGCUAGUCUGCAUGUCACUGAUGAUAAGUCUGGGCAUUCCUUGAUUCCCAACCCAAAGUCUGGGCCUCACAUGUGAGACUGACAGGGAAGUGGUAUUUCAUACCAUGGUCAGUUUGUAUGAAGCUCAGAAACCCCUUCCCUGGCGCCAUUGUUGUACAUCCAAAUAAUUGGUGUCCUUAUUUUGACGCUGUAUAUGCUAACUGCUACAUGCAGUUUUAUGUGUAAAAUAUUUUGUUCACAACCCAACUGGAGGUUUAAUCAGAUGAAACAUUGUAACUCUGUUCAGUUCAGCUCAGAAAUGUAAUUGUUUCUUUCAGUAUGUC